AUGCCGUCGAAUCCCAGAGUUGUGCCCGACUGUGAGCAACCCGAGGCGCUUGCGCUAGCCGAUGGCUGCUUCCACGGCUUCUGUCUCGUGUGUCUCGCCCAAUGGGCGGAAGUCUCUCGGACUUGUCCGCUCUGCAAGACCCCGUUCACCUCCAUCAUCCACGACAUCGUCUCAUCGUCCGACUACGCCACUCUCCGACUUGAUCCGCUCGAGGCUAAGCUUAGCUCUGAUCGUCUGCCAUGGACUCCUGACCACGCCCGCCGUGCCGCCAUGUAUCGCCCCGGUACUGCCCGCCAUCCGCGAGUCGACGCCCUCCUUGCCUCGCGGGACACAUCCAGGCUGGAAAGUUCGACAACGCCAAGCCGUGCAGAGUCGCUGAGACGACGCCCGUUUGUGGCUCGAGAGGUAGCCGCGGUCCUUGGCCCGACGCGGAGCCAGGACGAGGUCGACGUCGUGCUUGGCGCAGUCGAGGCCGUCCUCGACUCGGUCCCGCUCUCCCAGCCGGUUGCGGCAAUCGACCUCCUCGCCCCUCUUCUCGGCACCGCCAAAGCCACCCGGUUCAUCGACGAGCUCUCGGCCUUUUGUCUCGUCCGCUUUGAUCUCGCCGCCUACGAUCGCAUCCUCGCUGCCGUCGCCAAGAGCCCCAGCUAACGCGAGCUUGAGGAGCCAACCUUACCGCCCGC